UCAAAUAUGUGUCAAAAAGACUUGUUUGUUUUGUUCCCAUUUUUCAAGAAAAUUUAGUGUUUUUAUCCGAAUUUGUGCCUGUGUAUACUGUGAAAACUUGCACAAUACCGCCUUUAUCAUGGGUAGAUGCAAUGUGUUAGGCUGCCCCAUGAAACGUUACAAAAAACAUUCAAAUAUAUCGUUGCACAAAUUACCAAAAUGUAAAAAAACUAGAGAUAAGUGGCUGGAUAUACUCGGGGCCGAAAAUGUAGUCACAACAAAAUAUACUUAUAUUUGUUCCUUGCAUUUCGAAGAAAAAUGUUUUAACCGAACAUUGGAUGUAAUAAGACUGCGCGAUGAUGCUUUGCCUUCAAGGGAGUUGUUGAUACCAGCUCAAUUUGAUGACUGUGACAAAGAACAAUCUGUUACUCUCAAAGAGGAAUUUGAGGAAAAAGCUACCUGCAGCACUUUUAACUAUGCAGAGUCACCAGCACAAUUUGAUGACGGUGAGAAACAAGAUUCUGUUCCUCACAAAGUAUUUGAAGAGAAGGUUGUCUGGCUUGUCUGCGGCACUACUGAUAACACUACUAAUACAGAGGAGGACAAAACACCACUGGUCAUUCAAAAACUUAAGUCUAAAUGCAAAGAACAAACGAUAAAAAUCAAAAGAUUAAAUGAAAAAGUGAAAAGGCAGUCUAAGAGAAUAGCAGAUUUGAAAACUUUAAUAAAAGAUUUAAAAAAAAAUAGGAACGAUGAAUAUGCGUCUGUGUUGGAGCAGUGUGCAGGCCAGGCCCUAAAUAUUUUCUUAAAGGACCCCAUUCACGGGCGCGCCAAUCCGCGGACUUGUCGCCAGCAAUAAAUGUAAAUGUCCACGGAAUGGUACGGCUCGGGGCUCGGCUCGCGGUGCGUGAAAUGAAUGGAGUACUUAAGAGACAAAUUGCGAAGAAAGAAAGAAAAACAGUGAAGAAAUUCGAAAAUUCCCUUUGACGCUUCACUUGUUGUCUCCAAAUGUCUACAAUUUUGUCCGCCGUACGUAGAGUACCUGUUUGCCACAUCCAAGAACUUUAAAAGGCGUGACGAGUAUACGACUCGUACCUCGUACUUAAUAAGGUCGAAAAAACACUUAAGGUAUUUUUGACAAACCACUGGUCUGUGGUCUGAACAAUAUUAUCUGCAUGUGCUUAAAUUUUUUAUUUACAUUUAACAUUUUGACGAAGUUAUAGGACGAAUUUUGAGGAACUAGCUUCAUGAAGUUCUUGCUGGAAUGUGACACCGAAGUAUUAUUAGGGAAGAUUUAUAUUAGACCAGGCCGUGUCCGAGCCGGGGCACUUUUGUAUGAAAUUUGGCACGGCCGGCCGAGGCACGGACGAGCCACGUCACGCAUGAAACUUCAUACAAGAGUGCCCCGGCCCGGUCUAAUAUAAAUCAUCCCUUAGUCUUUGUGCCAAUUUCUCCAUAGUCGGUUAGAGCAUAACCAGGUAUUAGUGGUUGACUUUUGACACAUCUUUCAAGAAUUUAAUAUGGAGGUGACGUAUAAUGGGAGAUUUUUUUUUGACGUUUAAAAGUUCCAAAACCGACUAAUAGAUGGCACCCUCCUGUCGUUUUUUAUGAGCUGCUUUCUUCUGAGGGGACGGAAGAUGUCAUAAAUGGUACAAAGCUGUCUUGAACUAGUUAACACUUAAUAUUAUGCAUAAUAUAACAGCUAGUUAUUGCAUAUGGUUGAAUUCGCAUCCAUUGGGUUUAUGUAUUGGCUGAAAGGACUGGAAUCCAUGCCGGCUAAAAAAAUAUAUGCAUUGCUGUUGAGUAUGAAGUUUUACUAGCGCCAUCUAUAAUCAGUUUUUGUCUAUGGUUGUUGUCUAUGGUUGAAAAUCUCCCAUUGAUAAACCAAUCCCAGUUGGUUAGAUAACCGACUAUGGAGAAAUUGGCACUUAGUACGAGAAAAUGAAACAAAAGUGAACAAAUUUAGACAUUGUUGAAUGUUGAAUAACAACAAUGAGAACCAACAUGUUAAGUACUUAAUAUUUUUUUCAAUUUACUUCUCAUGUUGUUUUCUACAAUUAUAAAAAAAUAUAUUAUCGUCACCCUUGAAUAUGGUGAAAAGUAAAAUAAAAGAAUAAUACUUAUUAAGUACCUACAUACUUUUCUUUUCUUUAAGGCCUUGUUUCACAAUGGCUGGUUAGUGGUUACCUGUGAGAUAAAAUACAUGCUUUCACUCUCUGUUAUUAUUUUUUUGACAGUGACAGCAUGUAUUUUAUCUCACAGGUAGCCACUAACCAGACAUUGUGAAAUAAACACAUACAUUGGGUUUGGGACUAAACAUCCCACAUACCACUGGCGAAAAGUGGGUGCAGCAAUGCACCUUUGCCUACCCCUGUACAUUAGGGUCCACUUGCACCAACAUAUUAAAUCUAGAUUUAGUGUCAAAUUUUAAAUGGACUGACGCGACGUUUCUUAAAUCAACAUUUGACUGUAAGGGCCAC